AUGGAGUAUGUUCCCUUCAAGCUACAAAUAGUUGAUAUCUUGACCAAGGCACUCUCUAUUUCUCAGUUUCAAGAAUUAAAGCAAAAACUCACUGUUAUUGAAGUCAAGUUACGUUUUCAAUUGAGAGAUGCAGUUUCAGAAGGUGCUCGACUCAAGAUAUUGUUUGAAUCAGAUAUAAGGAAAAAAAAAAAAAGACGUAAAAUUAAUUGGUUUAACUUUAUCAGGUUAGAAGGAAAGGUGGUAAUUAUCACUGGCGGUGCCCACGGACUAGGAGCAACGACGGUGCGCCUCUUCCACCAACAUGGAGCCAAAGUUGUCAUUGCCGACAUCCAAGAUCACCUUGGCCAGGCCAUUACUAAAGAGCUUGGAGAAAAUGUUUGCUACAUCCAUUGUGAUGUAACAAAUGAAGACGACAUCUCCAACCUUGUGGACACCACCAUUGCGAAAUAUGGAAAGCUCGACAUCAUGUUCAGCAAUGCAGGCGUCGUGGACCGUCCAUCCGGCAGCAUCCUGGACACUCCGAAUUCUGAUCUUGAACGAGUUAUUAAUGUCAACACCAUUGGAGCGUUUCUUGCAGCGAAACACGCAGCAAGAGUUAUGGCGCCGCAACGCAAAGGCUGCAUAAUUUUCACUGCAAGUCUUUCGACUCCGGCUUGUACAUCGAUUGCAGGUCUUUCGACUCCGGCUUGUACAUCGAUUGCAGGUCUUUCGACUCCGGCUUAUGCAGUAUCGAAAUAUGGGAUAUUGGGGCUGGCGAAGAGCUUGGCAGCUGAACUGGGAGGGUGUGGGAUAAGGGUAAAUUGUGUUUCACCUUAUGCGGUUAUGAAUAGCAUUCAAGGUCUCAGUGAAGUAGAAGUAGCAAAAGGUGAAGCGAUAAUGAGUGCAAUAGGGAAUCUCAAGGGGCAAGUCCUCCGAGCUGAGGGUGUGGCUCAGGCUGCGCUGUAUUUGGCUAGUGAUGAAGCAAAUUAUGUAAGUGGGUUGAAUCUUGUUGUGGAUGGUGGUUUCAGCAUUGUGAAUCCCACCCUGAUAAUGGCUCGUGACAUUUGA